UGCAUCGAGGAAAGAAUAGCGUGCAACGCAAUCUCUCAUCAGCUAGUGAACAUAUCGAAGUUGCCUGCAGGAAGAACAAGCGGUGUAUAUAUGUGCAUUGGAUUGACGUCGAAACUGCCUGCCCCGAACUCUCCGUGCUACGAUGGCUCAGAGAAUGAGGAGGUGCCCGCGGUGGUGUGCCCACACAGGAACAGACAAUUGUCCAGGCAGAUGUCCAUGUCGGAGACGCCGCGUGAUGCCAUAUGGGAGAGGCGUAGACGGCAGCAGGUCCUUCGGAAGGAACACAGGAGGAAAAGCACUACCGGUGACAAUAGCUCGGACAGUGACAUCACAGACGAGGAUCUGAGCGAGCUUAAGGCGUGCAUUGAGCUGGGGUUCGGGUUUAAGGAAGAGAAGGGGCAAGAACUCUGCAACACCUUGCCGGCAUUGGAUCUAUACUUCGCCGUGAACCGGCAAUUAUCUUCAAGUCCUAGGUCAACCCUCCAAGGCCACAUGAGCCCGUGGUCAUCCCCGUCCCUGUCCCCUAGCAACCUACCAUCACCCUCCGGUAGCACCACAAGCGAACCCGAGACAUGGAAGAUAUGUAGCCCCGGGGAAGAUCCUCAGCAAGUGAAGAUCAAGUUGAGGCACUGGGCUCAAGCUGUCGCCUGCUCCCUGAUGCAAUCUUACUAAUAAAAAUAAUGUGGCUUUCUCGUAUAAUAAAAACUGAAAGAAACCGAAAGGUAUCAGUUGCAGUGUACAGAAACAAAAUAAGGAUGAGAAAAUUUUUACCUAUAUGUAUUUUAUAUUUGAACACAACUAUGAUCAACAACAACCAGUACAACCUGCCUCGCCAAAGAAUUCGGACGCAUUAUUUAAUGAGAUGGUAACGUCUUAACAUAUUUCUUUUGCAUAUUACUAUAAACCGAAAGCGCCAAAUAUAUAAUGUAAUGGGGACUUAGAA